AUAUUUAACUUGUUGUGCCAUCUCGUGUUUAUCGUCUAUUGCUCCCAAUACCCUUGACCAAAGAAGCAAGGAGAUCAUGAUUGCUGAAUUUUAUGAGUGAUUUUCAACGCAAUCUAUCCUUGUAGAAGAGAAGAGUAUUCUCAAUGAAAACUUGUGAGGCUAGCUGAACGCAAAAUCUCCAGGUUAAAAUUACUACGAAGUCAAACUGAAGUGAUAACUGAUGAAUGAAGAGGAGAUGGCAGCUAAGAGAUUUUUUUUUCUCUUCUUGUGGUAGCCUCCUUUGGUUAAGUUAAAUAUGAACAGCGAUGGUCCCUCCGUAUCGAGAGAAGUCGCAAGUUAAUUUGAACCGAGUGUUGGUGUUAUGGUCGUGAUUCAAAGCGGUAAAAGGGAAGCAGCAGUGGAGAAAGCUCCAUUCCAGUAUGUGGCAUCUCUUCUGGAGACUCCCAGCAUCAUAUUCAGUAUAUAAGCAAAGGUCCAAUUGGCUCGUUUAGUCCCAUUCGGCAUAUUUCAGAACAUCUAGAAUUGGUUGAAGAAGAUGAUUGAGGUGGUGCUGAACGAUCAUCUUGGAAAGAAGGUGCGGGUCAAGUGCCACGAGGAUGACACUAUCGGAGAUCUGAAGAAACUGGUGGCGGCUCAGACCGGAACCCGAUCCGAUAAGAUCCGAAUUCAGAAGUGGUACAAUAUAUACAAGGAUCACAUCACUCUCAAGGAUUAUGAGAUUCAUGACGGCAUGGGCCUCGAACUCUAUUACAACUGACACUCCCUUUUCCAUCUUUCUUAGUUCUUCAUGUACGUCGACUGAAACCGAUGCGUAAUGAAACGUAGUAUCAUGUGAUUGUUUGUUCAAUUUGAAUGACAUCGCUGUGGAAUUUAGGGCAUGCAUGCUCCUAUUGACACAGAUGCUCUGUGAAAUCGAUCCCAUGGUCUU